UGUCAUUUAUGACAGCUGUGGAAACGAUAAGGAUGGUGUGGUUUCGCUUGUGAUGUGAUUUUUAAUAUUUUUCAUCAAUUUUAUUGCUUAUAUUCCAUUAUUAAUGACUGUAAUCUGACUAUUUUGUUAAUAUUUAUCGUCACAAAUAUGGAAGUGACUCGUAAAAAUUUUAAAGACGUUUUGCCUCUCGUACAGGAUUCAAUUAAUAAAGCUGACUUCCUGGUGAUAGAUGCAGAGUUCACCGGCCUCAUAAACGGUCGAGAUGUAUCUAUGUUUGAUUCUCCAUCUGAGUAUUAUUCCCGGCUGUUGAAGGGGUCUAGUGAGUUUUUGCUGAUCCAGUAUGGGCUGUGCGCGUUCUAUUGGGACAAAGAGAACCGGCAUUACAUGAACGAUGCGUAUAACUUCUACUUAUUUCCCCGCGGGAGGCCAGGACCUGAGAAAAUGUUUAUGUGCCAGAGUUCCAGCUUAGAUUUCUUGGCAUCACAAGGAUUUGACUUUAACAAGCUUAUAAAAGAAGGUAUUUCCUAUAUGACAGAGCCAACAGAGACCAGACUGCGUGAGCUGUUGACUGAAAGACAAAAAAACUAUUCAAAUGAAAAGGACACUAUUACAAUACCUGAAGAAAAUAAACCACAAAUAGAAGAUGUAUGCAAUCGUGUUCGUAAGUUCCUUGAUGACGAAGACUCGGAUGAACUGGAGGUAGACCGCUGCAAUGCCUUCAUCCGACGGCUGCUAUUCCAAGAACUGGGGACACGUUUCAAAGGAGAAGCCGCUGUGGAAACCAAGGUUUUAGAGAAUAAAAACAGAGUGCUUAAAGUGGUGCGCCUCAAAGAAGGCGACGACUCGAAGAGUCGGGACACACAGAAGAAAGAAAGGGAGUGGGAGGACUUUGAAGCUGCCGUUGGGUUCUCUAAAGUGGCGCGGAUGAUCAGUCAGUCUGAAAAGCUGGUGAUAGGCCACAACAUGCUGUUGGACGUGCUGCACACACUCAACCACUUUUUCCAGCCGCUGCCUGACGACUAUGAGUCGUUCAAGGAGUUCACGCAUUGCAUGUUUCCAAGCUUGCUAGACACGAAGUACAUGUCGAGCCUGCCGCCCUUCAAGGACAGGGUGAAUUCCAGCGUGCUGCAGCACCUUUUCACCACCCUGGCCGAAGAGCCCUUCUCGAUGCCCGUGACAGAGUCAAAAGAUGGCCGCGGCUACUGUCGCUCGGAAGACAAGAAUCAUGAGGCUGGUUACGACGCCUACGUCACGGGUCUCUGCUUCCUCUCAAUGUACUCGCAUCUCUGCAAGAUGAGGGGCGAGGACUCCGGCCGCGUAUUGCCUAACUGCCCUGUGUUGAAGCCGUUCCUUAACAAGCUGUUUUUGGCAAAGACGGCGCACCAGGACUCGCCCUACAUGAACUUCAAUGGAGACGACCCAUCACCUUCGAGAGACCACGUGUUCCACUUGACCUUCCCCAGGGAGUGGCUCAGGACUGACAUCAAUCAGCUGUUUAGCCCUUUCGGUCCAGUCACAGUUCAGUUUAUAGACGACACGACGGCCAUCAUCGCGCUGUCGCGGCGCGACCAGGCGCGUGACGUCAUGCGUGCGCUCGCGCACCACUCGCGCACCAAGCUGGUGCCCUUCACCCGGUACAAGCACGCGCUAGCCAAGUUCCACGAUCAUCGGCAUCCAUCGCCAGUGAAGCAAGUACCUACGCCAGACAAAAAAGUUCGUCAAAGCGUGAACAAAAAAGUGGUCAACUCACCACAACCGCAGCCAUCACCGCAACCGCAGUCGCAACCGCCACUGCUACCGCAAGUGGCCAAUUCGCCUGUCAAGCAGAGCAGAGUGCGGUCAAGCAGCGUGUCUUCGCCUACGUCCACUCCGCCUACGCAGCCCACAAGGAAGAGAACUUCUUCUGGAGUAUUCCAGGUCGAUGAUGCGGAACCACCCCCGAAGAAGGCCGAAAUAAUGAGGUCUAACUCAGACGGUUCCCAAAAGAAACCGGAAGUGAGGCCUAACUCAGACGGUUCUCAAAAGAAAUCGGAAGCGGUCUCCAACGGUCGCCGGAAGACGGACCUCGCCGACGGAGACAAGGAUAGGCAUAAAGAGAAAGUGAAACAGAAAGAGACAAAAAAACCCAUAGAGCAAUUCGACAUUACAGCGAAAACCAAAACAGUGUCUGCUUUCAAAGAGAGCGACAGUUGGGAUUAAGCGUAGAAUAAAUGAAUGUUGACAUCA